CUUUCAAAAUCUAACCGACGCUCACCUACACCUACACCACACACAAGCACAAAGCCUAGUUUCAUUUUUCUGACUCAAGCAAUCUGCUCUUUCUUUUUCAUCCUUUUUGUGACGAGGAAGAACCAUUUUUUUUUUAUUUUAAGUGUUUUUAUUUUGAGGAUUAACCACCGCUAUGGGUACCGAGAUUUUACGGCCUCAGAACUGUUUAAUAGAACGAAUCAGAACUCCUCCGGUGGCUUUUUCCCGGCGGAAGAGUUCCGGAAACUCCUGUAAUUAUUAUUAUUACAACAAUCACGUAACGACCUCCAGAUCUUACCGGAAGCCGGUUACCCGACCCGAUCAGAAGAAAAGGGUUGUUGUAGGUUCGAGCCAGCCGGUGGCGGCGGAGGCCGCGUCGGUCUCGAGGAGAUUGAGCUCCGAUGAUUCGAGGAUGGUGAGGAGCGGCGGUUUGGCGAUGGAGAAGGUCACGAUUCUCCGGAGGGGCCAGUCGCUCGACUCGUUGCCGGUGCAUGUGAAAACCGACGUGUACGCUGGAUCGGCGUUUGCGAUGUCUCCGUCGCCGAACGCGCUUCCUCUGCCAUCUUUUCCGACGAAGAAGCAGGCCUCGGCGGCGUUUGACGAUUCUGCUACGCGAGAUCUAAGGCGUCUGCUCCGGCUCGAAUGACACCAAGGCGGGUUUCAUUUCCGGGUUUUGGGUUGGAUCCGACAAAUUAUCCAUCUACCGUUUCUCUCUCCUCCCUUUAUAGUCUAGAAUCGUCUUUUCGUUCCCUUGUCUCCGUUACCGUUACGCCUCUCCCGGCUUCAAGUUCUGACCCGACCGUGAUUUUUUUAAACGGAAGGGUGGAUCUGAACUUGGGCAAGAGGUUAGUGGCGAAAAAUGUUUGGAGUAGUAGUGUAUGAGUCAUGUGAAUGUGAUGUAACAUCUGUUGGGGUUGUUUGUUAAAAGGUUAAAAUAAAAGUUAGGAUUGUAAUAUCAGUUUAAGGUGGAAAAACGAAGAAGGAAAAUCUAUUAAAAAAGCAGAAGAAAAAGAAGACAGGAUAUGAGGGGUUGUUUUGUGAAAUCUGGAAAAGAUUGUGGAUUGGUGUGUGUUGGGCUGUUAGCUGUGAAUUGUGUGAAGGGAAAGCUUUCUGCUGGUGUUGUAA